UCAGUUACUUUUACAUGUGCACCUUUUGUUUUUGUUUACAAUUGAAGUUCGUUACAAUUUUAUUCUGUACAAAGUUUAUAUGUUAAAAACAGCAUAAAAUGUCUGUUAUCGGUUCUGUUAUUAUAUAAUUUGUUCGCGACAUCGAGUGUCAGAGCCUGCAACGAAAGUUCCUUUUCCACAAAAUAGGAAAAUAUAUAAAUAGGCAGGGCACGACAAUUAAGGCGACGCUUGCUUAACGACUUGUCAAGAAGGCAAGUAAAAUAAUAUACGAUCGUUUCUUCUUUAUGAUGCGUGCGUCAUAAUUGGCACGAUAAUUACCACCCACUUUCAUCGUCACUAUAAAUAGUACAGAGGUUCACAUCCCAUACCUUUGGCCCUGGCUAUUGAUUUUGUUAUUGCACGUGAUGCCAAGACAAAAAUUCAAUAAUCUAUGUAAGCGCACAAGCCGUCAAUUCAUUGGAACCUAAUAUUAUGCAAGGCGGCAAUCAAAGUGUACAAUAUACUUUAUCUAGUUGUAGACGCUAUAUACCAAACAUACAUAUAUAGAGAGUCGAGAUAUAUAUAUAUGCUAGUGGCACUCGCUAGUGAUAAGCACUAUUAGUUAUUAGUUACUCGCACUGCUGCCUUGCAAUUAUGUUCGGCGCCUUUGUCCACCUACCGUUGAAGGCGGCGGCGGCGAUGAUGACGAUGACGUCAAAAAACCAAAUGAUCAAUAUUGAAUUGUUAAAAAUGAGACGAAUCGCGCUAAUGUCUUGCCAUAGUGCAAGCAGAUGUUCGAGAGCUGCAGUCCCCCUUUUCGAGCCCCAACAACUGCAAAUACAACUAUAUCGACGACAACCUCAACAACAACUCCGAUUUAAACAGGAACUGCUCCGCUGCCCCGCUCGGGAUCAAAGUAGCAAGUCAACUUGUCGAGGAAUACACACGGAGCCAUUCGGUCAGUCAGUCAGCAUGUUCAACUCGAUGUACGCGUACCUGUCGCACCUGCCGCGCCUGCACGCCCUCGGCAUAGCGGUCUUUGCCUAUGUCAUCUAUUACCUCAUUCAGGUGGUGAAGCGACCGAUCAUUGCCUGUGCCGAUGGGCCGUUCAAGCAGUACCUGAUCAAGAAGAUGCCCACGCUGGAGAACAAAUACUGGCCGACCUUCUGGUGUGUGGAGAGUCGGGCACAGACUGUACUUGCGAGCCUGCUGCGCUCCAAGAGUUUGCCCCGUGUCAAUUAUCGACGUGAAAUACUCAGACUGAAGGAUGGAGGGGAAGUGGCGCUGGACUGGCUGGAGGAGGGCUGUGACGAGCGGGCUCCUUGCGUGCUGAUAUUGCCCGGGCUGACGGGCGAAUCGCAGGCAGAGUAUAUUAAAUGCCUGGUGUUUGCUGCCCAGCAGGCGGGCAUGCGUGCUGUUGUCUUCAAUAAUCGAGGUCUGGGCGGCAUCGAGCUAAAGACGCCGCGACUCUAUUGCGCCGCCAACUGCGAAGAUCUGUGCGAGGUGGUGCAUCAUGUGCGCCGCACAUUGCCCCUCGACUGCAAACUGGGUGCCACAGGCAUCUCCAUGGGUGGUCUAAUACUAGGCAACUAUUUGGCCCGAAAGAGCGAUGAGGCGCGCAUUAAUCUGUCGGCAGCCAAGAUCAUAUCCGUGCCCUGGGACGUGCACAAGGGCAGUGCCAGCAUUGAGAAGCCGGUCAUCAACAACCUAUUGGGGCGUCAUCUGGCUGGCAGUCUGUGUCGCACGCUACGCAAUCACCUAGAGGUGUACAGAGACAUCUAUCAGGAUUCGGAAAUCGAUAUACAGCGCAUAUUGCGAUGCAAGACCAUCAAGGAAUUCGAUGAGCUGUUCACGGCCAAGCAGUUUGGUUAUGCGCAUGUGAAUGAUUAUUACACGGAUGCCACGCUGCACAAUAAGCUGGAUCACAUUUCUGUGCCGUUGCUCUGUUUGAGCGCAGCGGAUGAUCCGUUUCAGCCGCUGGAUGCGAUACCCAUCAAGGCGGCCAAUCAGUGCACGCACGUGGCGAUUGUAAUCACCGCACGUGGUGGACAUAUUGGUUUCCUCGAGGGCUGGUGGCCAUCCACUAAGGAUCAGUACAUGUCCCGGCUCUUUACCGAGUACUUCACCAAAGCACUGUACGACGAGGAUGGAGAAUUCGAGCGUGCCUCCAAUAAAAUGCACGAGCGCUUCUUGGCCAAGAAAACUAUGGAGCUGGCCGCGAGCCUGAACGCGCCGGCAGCUGCUGUCCUGGCGGAUCAACUGGAGCAGCACAAGCUGAAGCUAAUGUAGAUCAGCGGCAACCGGACGUCAAUUAAAACCGAAAACAUAUUUAUAUAUUUAUAAACAUAUAACUAUAUAAAUAUAUAAUAGAGAUGCGUGUGCAGCAGACCCCA